CAAACCGUUACGUCCAACUGUCAGCGGUUUAAAACCACUCAAAAUAAACAGCUGUUUCCCAACAUCCAGCACGGUUGUAAAAAGCAAGAGAUUCACAGCGAAAUAAUGGAUAAAGAUACAUCACGACGCAUAAAUAUCUGUAAAACAGUGGACGAAGUGCGCAUGUUAAAUGCACAAAACGAUAAACUGCUAAAAGAUUUCGGCAUCGAUGUGUUUACAUUAGCCGAUUCCGCACAGGAACUGUUGGACCAAUUCGUACAGAUACGGCUUAACACCGGGCUUUGUAUCGAAGGGCCCCAGAUGUCGUUUCUAGAGGAGUUUCUUUAUCAGCGGGAAGCCAAACGACUCGAAGCUAAAACACAAGCAAUUACACUACGUUCGGAUGUUGCUUCACUACGACGGCAAUGUGACAAUGAGGCAAAGGAUGUGCGCCGGCUAGAAAGCUUUCUCGAAGAUGCGCAGAAGCUCGCAACGUCAACGGAUGAGUUUGAGAAGAAAAAGGCUAACCAGGAGAAGAAUAAUGAAGUUGUGAAGGGCAAAAUUGAAUCUCUUCCAAGCAUUCCCGACGACAUCAAAUUAGAUGAACUGAUCGCAAACGUACGUCUUCUGGAAGAGGAGGAUGCUGGACGGCGAGGUGCUGAUAAGUGAACAAACAAACGGAGAAUAAUAACAAAGGCAUACAAACAUCCGAAGGUACAAAAAAAAUGGGAAAUCACACACGAGACUGGGGACAUACAUUAUGGGAAAGGCAAAAAUAUACAUACCACCGUCCUUUACGGGGAUUUUUGCUGUUGCUGACAUGUUCUCUCCCCGAUUACCAUUUGGUGGACUUUUGUUUCAUCUUAAAAUCACGCAUUCCAUGCUCCUAGCUGCUGACGAAUGAGUCAGCUCAUGACGAUUGGGAAUCUGAUUAAAAAAGAGAAGGGAUGGUAAAUCACCGUAUGUUUUGUGACGCACAGGAAGGAUAGUUCUAUCUCAUACUAGGUAUGUAAAAAGCUCUUCAAAGGU